AUGUAUGCCAACGCAAUCUACGUCAUGCUGAGCCUCUGCUCUGUCUCUGCAAUGGCUGCUCCGGUCGCUAAGGGAAACGUGGAGCGCUCCCCGGCUCCUUCUUCUGAAGAACCCGCCAAGCAGCUCUACUGGACUGAAGGGCUUCUUUUGGCUGAUGAGAAUGCCAAAGCCAAGCGUUCUGAGGCUGAACCUGCGAAGCAGCUCUACUGGACUGAAGGGCUCCUACUGGCUGAUGAGAAUGCCAAAGUCAAGAGAUCCAAUGAUGAACCUGCCAAGCAGCUUUACUGGACCGAGGGUCUCCUUCUGGCUGACGAAAACGCCAAGGUUAAGCGCUCUGAUGAAUCUGCUCUUCCAAAGGCUGAGCGCGCGGAGCAGCUCUACUGGACUGAAGGACUCCUCAUGGCCACCGAGAGCACCGACGCUUAG